AUGGAUUAUCUCAAGGAGAACAAUAUCUCGUGGUGGACCAUUCCCUUUGCCUUUGUCCUGGCUUUAUCUCCAAGGAUAUACUUUGGGAUCUUAGGACCUGGAAGCGGAGUUUACGACCCUAGGAAUCCUCGCAAAUUUGGGGCAUCUGCUAGAAGGUCGACAACACUGAACGCUGUGACUACGGCGCGCAUAGAGCGUUCCGAAUUCGCUUUGAACAACUCAAUAGAAAAUCUACCGCUGUUCGCCGUCGCAGUUCUCGCUGCAAAUACAGAGGGAGUGGAUCUCGAAACUCGAAAUUUACUCUCAAUUCUCUACCUUUCAAUCCGAAUCUUCUACAUUUGGGUGUAUAUUUGGGGACAGGAGUAUGAAUGGUUACAUCCUUUGACCCGGACUAUGGUGUGGUUUUGCGGGAAUAUCGUCCUUGCGUAUCUAUAUCUCUUGCCUGGAAUCAAGCACAACGUGUUAGAACAAGAACGAAGCUACUGGCUCGCGGAAGCCGUUAAGCCACCACCUGGAUACACUUUAACCGAGUUUAUGGACAAUCUUGGUCGGCAUAAUCAGAAAUCCUUACCAGCACCAGAGCUUUGA